AUGAUGUCACAACUUCGAUCCAGCGGUGCUACGGUCAUGACGGUGCGGGAAGUGCAGGACAUGUUCCGCACAGACUUGGAGCAAGGUCUAAAGUCAGAGGAGGCUCGAAGGCGUUUGGUGGUGCAUGGACCCAACAACUUUGAUAUAGCUGUUGAGGAUCCACUUUGGAGGAAAUAUCUCGACCAGGUGAGACUAAAAAAGAUUUACUGCUCUAUUAAUUUCAUUUUAUUCACAUAAGUUAAUUAAAAUGGACAUUUUCUAAUUAUUUUUGUGAUCAAGUUAACAAAGGGGCUGUUCUGAACUUGAAAUAUUCACUCGAGUCUAGAGAUGUUUGAAGUCUUAUCCCAAUUAUAAAGUGUGUGAACGAUUGGUCAAUCAGUGUCCACAAGGGAAACAGUUCUGAAUCUUGUUGUGGUUUCUCAUCUUUAUAACUAUUUGAAUCACAAGUGCAUUUUCAUGGAUUUGUAUCUAGUCGUAAAUACAGUAGAACCUGCCCAAAGGGACCAUCAAUAGGAACAGCUAAAAAAAAGUCACAUCAAAGUUGGUGGUCACUUUAUGCAGGAAGAGGAUAUAGGUAUUAUUUAGCAGGGACCAUAAUAUUAAUGUCACAUUUGCGUGUGCACACCCCCCCCCCCCCACACUAGUUUUUUUUUACACAAAAUGUUUGUUACACUAGUGGGACCCUAUCAAAAUCUUUAUAAAAUAUUUAUAAGUAUAAGAACAGUAGUCUACGUUGAGGUCAAAUAUCUGUCUCUGUGUCCUUUCAGUUUAACAAUCCGUUGAUAUUGUUGUUACUGGCAUCAGCUGGGAUCAGUUUGUUUAUGAGACAGUUCGAUGAUGCUAUAAGUAUAACAGUGGUAGGUAAAACUUUUUUAUUUUUCCAUGCCUCUAAAGGUUUUCAUUUUUUAAUGGUGUUAGUUUUUAUGUCACAUACUAAUUAGAUGUCCGUAUGUUGUGUUAAAACAGAAGCUUUGGUCCUCAUGAUUUUAAUACAAAUUUUAAAGGACACAAUUAUUAUAUGGAUUAUUUUUGUUCUUUUAGGUCAUUUCUGUUUUUAAAAAAAAGAUUUAAUUUCAUAUCACACUGAAAUACAUUUUAACAUAUUCAUUUAGACAUCUAAAUGUAUCAAGUGGUGAUAUUUAAAAUAGUUAAUGUAAGAAUUUGUCAGUCUCCAGGAAAGAGCCAGUUUUGGUUAAACUAAUUUUUCUUGAUUGUUGUAAAACUAAUUGCAUGGCUCACUUUCUUCUAUCAAUCCUUCAUGUUAAGUAAUUGAGUCAAGCAGUAUACGUGACUCGGAACUGUGGUGUGAAAAGAUUGCAAUACCAUCUGAGUAUGAGGUUAAAGUUACUUAUUCAAGGCUCUAUACGUGUUUAAUGCAUCAGUUCAAGUCAUUUUUUUCACUAUUAUUAAAUCCCUAUCCAUGCCAGCAUUCAUGUUUUUUGUGUGUCUAUUUCAGGCCAUAGUGAUAGUGGUUACAGUCGCUUUUGUACAGGUAAUGUUCUGAAGUUAUUCAUCUAUUGUGUCAUAGAAAUGUUAGGUCCCUAAUAGAUUUAGUUUAUUUUUUUUUAAAAUGUCCUCAUCUUUCAUUUUUUUUUUACUACUAAAGUAGAGAAAAAGCCAGACAUUUUACGGGAUUGAUCUUUGAGUUAUUUUUAAAAAACAACAACCACCAGAUGAUAUUUUAAUGCUCUCUUAACUAAAGGCUCUGGGCUGAUAGGCAUCACACUGAACAUAUUGACAUUGACUUUUAUUGCAGGAAUAUCGCUCUGAGAAAUCAUUGGAGGCACUUACAAAACUUGUUCCACCUAAAUGCCAUUGGUAAUUAUGUAUAAUGUUUUAAUGGCUGUUGGGUUUUACCCGCAGCAUACUAGUCUUGCUUCUCUUUCCUCAUAAGCCUGUCAGUAAAAUGCAGUGUUUUAUAAAUUAUUAUUUGGAUGAAUUCCAAAAUGUAUAGUUUCCUGCACCGAAAUUUAAGGUAUACAAAAAUAAAAAAGUUUGGAGAAUAAGAAGAAAUAGGAUAUUUUGUAAAAAAAUGAUUUUUUUCCUUGGCUUAUUAGGGUUCCUGCAGCCUCCUGAAAUUCCAGCAUGUCCUUGAAAAUUCCUGAAAUUUAAACAAAUAUUUAAAAAGUACUGGAAAACUCAUCAAAUUAUAUACAAUUUUUUCUUAAAUAUUCUGCCACUUUUUUGUUAUAGGGAGUAGUAAAAAUAUCUUGGUCGCAAUAGUUUUUUUUCGCCUUUCUAUUCGACGUCUAUUUUUAGCCCUUCUGUUAUCAAAGAGAUUUUGCCAUCAGGCUAGUGGUUUCCCCUUAACUGCUCAUGCCCUUCGCUUUUUAUUAAUUUGGUAUCCGAAAUUAAUAGAGAGCUGAUGCCGCACCUAUUAUCCAGUGAGCCUGACAUAACUUCUUCUGACUUCUUGUUUUAUUAGUUUAGUAUGGAGAGCAAUCAUGACUGAACAAGUCAUCACUCCUACUCCUACACUGUACUGGAAUCUCAGGAGUUCUAGGGGGCCGUUUCGAAGUGAAAAUGUUUAAUAAACGUCAAUCAUCAGUUUAGAUUUCAUCUAGUUCAACUUCAGCUUUAUCACACAUCUUAGGUGUCCACCUCUGCAACUUCUAAGUCAGGCUCUCUCAAUUUAUAUGAAUUUUUUGUAAAUAAAUAUUACUUAUUUGUGAUUCAGAUGGAUUAUUUUAUAACUUUAUUAGUUGUUUGUUGUCAAACAUCAAUUACAUCUUCUAAGGAACAAGUUAAUUAUGUGUGUGAAUCAUGUUAAAUCAAAUAAUUGUUUUAGCAGUCCUUGGAGGAAGUACUAUACAAGUGUAUUUAUUUCCAGUUAAUACAAAAGCAUAUAGGAUAUUUUUUUUAAAAAAUAAAAUUUUUAACAUUUCCUGGAAACUAGUAUUAUCUCCUGGGAAAAGUCCUGAAGUAUUUUAAAAAUUUUGGUGCAGGAACCCUGUAAAUAAUACCAAUAAAUCAUUUAAUAUUACCAAAAUAAGAUUUUCUGCAUUUUUAUAAGGUAGAAUUAUUAUAAUAUUUAAGUAUACGAGAUGGACACCUGAUGACAUUUUUGGCCCAAGACCUUGUGCCGGGGGACAUUAUUCACAUUGGCGUUGGUGACAGAGUGCCUGCUGAUAUUCGUUUAUUUGAGGUCAGUAUUCUACUCUUACUUAAUUAUAUCUACAAGAUAUUUAAACAUUGUGACUACAAUCAGUAAUUUUCUCUACCACUAUUUCUGAACGAAGUAACACACCAUGAACAUAAAAAUUUAAGUAUAAUCUAAAAAUAUUGAAGAGAGUCUCCAAAUUGUUUUGGUUUGGAAUAUAAGAGAAAAAGUUUUUAUUUAAAAAAUAAUAACUAGCUGGAGAUUUAAAAAAAAAAAAUUUGUUAAUGUUGAUGGGUUUAUAUUAAAUCAGUUUUUUUUAUAACAUCUUGAAAAUUUAAAAAAAAUAAGUGUGUCCCUUUCUUUGUUUUUUGUUUAAUGGCAUUAUUUGAUCUGCUUUUAUUUUCACAAUCAGGCUUCAGGCCUAAGCAUCGAUGAGUCAAGUUUCACUGGAGAGAUUGAACCAGUCAACAAGCAGACAGAUGUCCAGGCUUUGUCAAUGCUCUCCAACUUGAGUGAGAGAAGGAACAUGGCGUUCAUGGGGACAUUGGUCAGGUGUGGCCAGGGAAAGGUACGUUGGUGUUGAGGGACUUCAUCUAUUUGAAUCCUGUAUAAAUACAUCAACAGUUGAGUGCUUAUUUUAAGAAGAGCUAACGAUUCUAACUUGUCUUUUUUAUGUAAACACAUUUCAGGGUAUUGUCAUAGGUACAGGCCAAGAUUCAGAGUUUGGAGAAAUUUUCAAGAUGAUGCAGGCAGAAGAGGUUGGUUCACUUUAUCAAGUACAUCGUCCACCUUAAUUUUUAAUUUUUGUUAGCAAAUUAAGCUAAAAGCUCAACUCUCAUUUCUUGCUGGCAAAUCUAAUGCAAGUGUGGCAUGCUUAAUGAGCUGUGCAAAAAUAGUAUUAUGGAGUGAUUUAUAAAUGUUUUGCUUUUAUAGUUCACCUUAAGACACCUAAAUCAAAUGCACCAACCUGCGUAUUUCAGGCUCCUAAGACUCCAUUACAAAAGAGUAUGGAUACCCUUGGCAAGCAGCUGUCCUUUUAUUCAUUUCUAGUGAUUGGAAUCAUUGUCAUUAUAGGAUGGAUACAAGGCCGGAAGAUCCUCGAUAUGUUUACCAUAGGUGUUAGGUAAUAUUGGUAGAUUUUGACUCGGACCCCAACAUGUGGAAUAUGGCAUUUUGCUACACUUAAGUCCCGUGUAUAAUCCUUAAGCUUGCAUCUACUGAUAAUCAUUUCUUGGUUUAUUUUUAAUUGAUGUGACUGUAAUGAAAGUUCAUUUCAACUUGCAUCAUUUAGCUACAGUAAACUCUGUUUAUAUCCCGGAGCCUGCUUUAUAAAAAUAUAUUUAUAGCUAUAGAUAAUUAUUUAAAAAAAAAAAAUUCAGAUCAUGAUUGCUGACAAUAAAUGUUCUAUGAAACUUGCAUCCAGCCUGGCUGUGGCUGCCAUACCCGAAGGACUUCCCAUCGUUGUAACUGUCACCCUGGCCAUAGGUGUCAUGCGUAUGGCCAAGAGAAAGGCCAUCAUCAAGAAACUGCCUGUUGUUGAAACACUAGGUGAGUGAGGCUGUACCAGUGCCGUGUCCUUAAGAUGAGCCUGGUCACAAGUUCAUAUUCACAUAUAUGUGUUAGUUGUAGAGGUUUGUCUGGUUACUUCUAAAUUGUUCUGUGGAGGUAAUGUUAUGUUAACUGUACCUUUUAAAAGAUGACCCACAAAAGCCUUUUAAAUUUUUAAAUCGGUUAAAGUUACAUAUAGUUGAUUUCUUUCUUUGAACCAAUAAUUGUGACAACAUCAGUGACAUGUAAAGUGGUUUGCUUACGAGUAUGUCCAUACUUUUUGUUGUUUGUUUUAUGCCAGGUUGUGUUGAUGUUAUUUGUUGUGACAAGACGGGAACCCUCACCAAGAACGAGAUGACGGUAACUCACAUCAUAACAUCUGAACACUACCAUGGUGAGGUAAGCUGCUCCACUAAUGUAAGGGCUGAACUGUGAGCUAAUAUAAGCCAUUUCAUAGUGGUAACAUAUGAUUAUACAGAAGCAAUCUAAUUUGUAUAGAUAGAAAAAAUAAGGGGUGUACAGAGGUGAGCUUCUUUUUUACUGUUCGGACAAAUUUGAAUGAUGACUUUAUAAUAGGUCUACUAACAUUUUAUUGAUUUUAGAGCUUGUGAAAAAAAAAUAAUAAAUAAAUAAAAAGCUCUUAUUUUCAAGAUUUUCCCUGGGUCUUGACAAAGGGAAAUUAUAAUACUUCAAAAAAAAUAAAAUAAAAAAAUAUAUUCCAAAAGGUUUGAUUUUGAUAUUUAUAAAUAAAAAUAAAAGUAGGAAGGAAAUAUAUAUUAUAUAUCAUGAAGGACUAAUUUUAUAAAAAUUGUAGAAAGAGAAAUGAAAUUAGAAUGGGAAUAAUAAAUUUUAAUAAGUUAUAUUUUUAAGUACUGGAUUGCUGAAAGUCUUAGUAUAAGAUCAGUAUGGCGGUGUCAGUGAGGCAAAGCAUUAAAAGGUGCUGAUUAACAGAUGCACCGUUUUUAUUUCAGGGAGUCCUUAGCAUAUUUAAAGGUUUACAACAUUCUCUGCCUCCACCCUCGAUGAUCGGUUGAUUCAUAUUUUUGGCACCAAAUUUAUCAUCUGAACAAUAGGAUUAGUUAAUUUAAUCAUUAUUUGGCACCAGAUCAAAUAAUAUUCUGUAACUCUUUAGAAAAGCUAUUGAAGAUUUGACUCAAACCGAGGGCAAUAAUUUUCUAUAAUAUUAAUUAUUUUAGAACACACAAGAAAAUCUAAAUAAAAACUUUUGGCAAUUUCAGCUGUCUGGAGUGGGCUACAACACACCUGGAGAUCUUAGAAUAAUUGAGGCUUCCUCCAUGGUUGACACUGAGGAAUGCAUGGACUCAUUCAGGAAAAUUAUUGAGGUAAGUGUCUGGGAUUUAUUUAAGAGUCACAAACUUGGGCCCAUAAAAAAAAUCUCACACACAGCCACGAAAUUUGUGGUCCGGUGGGGUUUAAAGAACACAAUUAAUGAUUGGUUUUUCAGUCUUUCAUCAGUAUAGUCUAUAGGCUUUGAUUUCUGGGUAUUACUAUUUUAAGAUCUAGAUUUGAGUGUCUGUGCUAUUUAUGGGGUUAGUUUCAGGGUCAGAACUACUUUUCAUAAGUAAACUAUUCUUUCGGUCGUUGUUCGGUUUUGUUUUUUUAACAGCAUUUUAUAGCACAAUAUAAGCGCAUGAAUUUUGUUUUGUUGCUCAGUGUUCUUUCAGUCAAUGUGAGUAGGUCAGCACCAAAUCAAUAGUAAUUGUGUAGGUCAGUAUCAGCACUGGGGUAACAUCUGUUUGACCCUGCAAGCUCUCCAUUCACAGAUUGGUUGUGUUUGCAAUAAUGCAGAGUUGACAACUGAUGGCCUGAUGGGCUCACCGACAGAAGGAGCACUAUUAGGAGCAGCAUCGAAGGUUUGCUUUAUAUCUAGGCUCACUCUCCUUCAUAAAGAAGAAUACAUUUUUAAAAAUAUCAAAUUUUUAAUUAGUCAACAUAAAUAGUUUGUAACUGGACAAUGCUGGAACCCAAUAGGUGUUUAAACAAUUUUGUCCCCAGGGGAAAUGUUUAAAAAAACACAUUUGGAUUUUAAUUAUGACCUUCGCAAAGGUUUUGUUGUGAUUGGGGGGGGGGGGGGGUUCUUUAAAAGUUGAAACCAACAGAAAUUAAUUAUAUCAUUUGUUUGUUUGUUGCAGUUAAAGCUACUUAACCCAAGGCAGCAGUAUGUGAGAGAUCAAGAGUGGCCAUUCAGCAGUGAUACAAAGAUUAUGGCUGUUAGAUGUCAUCAUUAUUUGGACAAGGUGAAACUUUCAUUAUACUUAAAGUGUUCUUGUGAGGAGGCACCCAUAGGGCAAAAGCAUUUUGAUAUAUAUAUUGAUUUUAUUUUCAUUUUUUUGUCUGUAAAAUGACAGCUCAACUGCUGAAACUUGGAACUUUUAAAAUAAUAAAAGCCAGGAUGUGAAACUGUUGAAAAUUUAGGUUUUGAUUUUUUUUAAUAUAAAAGUCAAGAUUUCAAUAAGUUUGAAUGAACCCAAUGUAAAAGUAUUAAAAAUAAAGGUUUUUAUUUAUUUCUCAUACAUAAAUUCCUUGACCGGCGCGGGGGAGGGGGGUGUGUAUAUGCAUGGGGGGGAAUUAAAUGUUUGAUUCAUCUUUGUUAGAGGAAGAUGUAGAAAGUUAAUCUUUUAAAUUUUUAGCAUAUUGAAUGAAAGUCAUUUAAUUAGCCUUGCAUGCUUGAAAUUAAAAGUGCAUUCCUGAUGCUCUAGUGGAAGUUGAAGUAACAGUUCAAGGGUUACCGGAAAUUUGCUUGAAAGAAAUUUCGUCAACGGAAAAUUGAUCGGCGCAAGUUUGAUCAAAAGGAAAUUUUAUCAAAUUUUUUUUUAGUAGACACGAUCAAAUUUUCGUUAUAUUUCUUUUUGAAUGCGCUAUAAAACCUAUAAGCCAUCCAAGCAAGGUCAUGCUGAAGGUCAUAUUGAACCGACUAAAACCAUAUGCCGACAGAAUCAUUGCUGAAGAACAGGCGGGCUUCAGACAAGGACGGGGCACUACUGAGCAGAUUCUAAACCUCCGAAUACUGUGUGAGAAAUAUGCUCAACACCAACAAAACCUAUACCACGUCUUUGUGGACUUCAAGAAAGCAUUCCACAGGGUUUGGCAUGCUGCUUUAUGGGCCACCAUGAGGCACUACAACAUCAACACAAACCUAACCAGCAUGAUAUGGCCACCAGUGCAGUCUUCCUCAACAACAACAUCGGGGAAUGGUUCAAGACCAUGGUUGGAGUACGACAAGGCUGCCUGCUCUCCCCCACCCUGUUCAACAUCUUACUAGAGAGAAUUAUGUCAGAUGCUCUGGAAGCACAUGAAGGGACAGUCAGCAUUGGUGGUAGAAUAAUCACCGACCUACGCUUUGCUAAAGACAUAGACGGACUGGUUGGGAACGAAGAAGAGGAGCUAGCCAACCUGGUAAAGCGUCUCGAUAAGACCUCGUCGUCCUACGGCAUGCUAAUCAGUGCUAAAAAGACAAAACUGAUGACAAAUAACACCACAGGCAUCACCACUGAAAUUAAGGUCGGGGAGGAAAGACUAGAGACUGUCGGCCGCUUCAAAUACCAAGGAGCAAUAGUCUCAGAAGAAGGCUCCAAGCCCAAACUGAUGUCCAGGAUGGCGCAGACUACAACAGCACUAAAGAGGCUCAAGAAAAUAUGGAAUGACAAAAAUAUAGCCCCCAGCACCAAAAUCAGGCUGAUGCGCUCAUUAGUCCUCUCCAUUUUCCUGUAUGCCUGCGAAUCCUGGACAUUAAUAGCCGAUCUUGAAAGGAAAAUAAAGGCGAUGGAGAUGAGAUGCUUCAGAAGCAUUUUUGGCAUCUGCUAUAUAGGGACCAUAUCUCCAAUGAUACAGUGAAUGAAAGGGUUCGCCAGGCAAUUGGGGAGUAUGAUAACCUACUGGUGACUGUGAAAAACCGCAAACUACAAUGGUAGGGCCACGUAACAAGGAAACAAGGGCUUGCCAAAGAAAUAUUGCAGGGCACCACAAGAGGAGGGAGAAGAAGAGGAACACAAAGAAAAAGAUUGGAGGAUAACAUCAAAGAGUGGACAGGACUAACACUGGGCGAUGCUGUGCGUAGUGCAGAAGACAGAGAAAAAUGGAGGAGGAUAAUUCACAUGUCAUCUGUGGUGCCCCAACGGUCUAAAGACUAAGGGACAUGAUGAUGAUAAAACAAAAUAAUAUGUUGAAAAAGAAAUUUGACGUAAAAUUUGAUCGUGUGAACUGAAAAAAAAAUUGGACGAAAUUCCGUUCGAUCAAACUUCCGUCAAUCAAUUUUCCGCCGACGAAAUUUCUUUCGAUACGCAGUUUGAGUUCUUUAUCAUGUGAUCAGAAUGACAGCUUUCAUUGUUUCCCUCCAGAAACAAAGCUACAUUUUCGUGAAGGGCGCCAUUGAGCGGGUCCUGUCCAGAUGUGCUUAUUACCAAAAAAAUGGCACUGCAGAAGACCUCAGUGAUGAGCACAGGGAUGCUUUCAAUGAAGAAUCUCUUCAUCUGGGGCAGACUGGUCUGAGGGGUGAGUAGACAGAUCAGCAUUGAGCUCUAAAUGUCAAACUCUGUUAAAUAGAAAUAAACAAGUCAAAAUACGUUAAAUGACCUUACCUAAUACCAUAACUUUUCCCAAGUGUAUUUUUGCUGUAGCAUCAAGCCAUUUUUAGCAUUUUCACGUGCUUGUCAGAAAUAACAAAAUCACAUACUAAAUAAAUUCAGAAACCCCCUAGAAGUAUACAUUUUCUGAAAGGACAUUGGACAAGGUGUGCUAUGAUAUGAAAAUAAUUUGUUUUUAUAGUAUGUAGUGUUUAUAUUGACCUUCACCUUUACAGAAUGGGUACAAUUUUUCUAUUCAACUUCUGAAUUCAACCCAAUCUAAUGCUCCAUACAUUUUUAAAACUAUUAUAAAACCAAAGUUUUGAGAUACCAGAAGCAAUAUUCUUUCAGAAAAUGUCAAGUUAAUAGGUACUUAUAUUGAAAAUUGUGAUAUUGGUGAAUUUGUUUAAUUCAUUACCUUCAAAUUAAUGUCAAACAAAAUGCAAGGGGGAGUGCAUGAAAUUGGUCGAAAAUUCCUUUUCAAUUCAAGUCAUUAAAUCUAUUAUUUAUUAAUUAAUACUCCAGAACAUACACAAACAUAAAUGUCUUUGAAUCUCUUGAGGGUGGGUCUUUACAAUCCAAUCUUUGUCUUUUUCUGUUCGAUUUCCACACUUUCCCAAACGAAUUUGUCUGUAAAAAUACGACUAAGCUUAGGACUUAAAUUAUUAAUACCUGACUCUUAUGUCACCAUCACCGCUAGAGCUAAUACUGUCAUUACUAGAAGGUGGAAUGUCUCUGAAAUCAGUGCUUUCAUUUCAAUCCAUUUGAAUAGUUAAAAUAAUAAAAUUCUGUUUUCAAUCUGUUUUGACACCACAGGAAGGGGUAUGGUGACAGUUACAGGGUUAAAUGAAUCUUGUUACUGCUAAAUAAAUAUAAUUCAUAUCCAGCUGGUCAAAAGAAAAAAGUAAACUCAAAAGGUGUCCAUUUUAAACAUGGUUACAAUGGAAAACAAUUUAAUUUUUUAUAAUUGUACUCCAUGUUGAAUGUGGUGCUGAACUUUGUCAGGGUAAAUUCAAAGUAUGUGUUCGGAAGCUGAUAUUCAGCUUUAAGUUCUCAUGAGAAUUACUCUAAUUAAAACAAUUCCAUUUAACUAAGUUAGUAUUUAUGUAACGUUGUAACUGUAUUAUUGUUGCAUCACCUUCCCUUAGGCACCUCCCCUCCCUUUCAGGUGCCUGAUAAAAUGUAUGUAUGAGCCCUUAAUAGAUUUUUCUAAAAGCCAUGGCAUCCUUGUGUAAUUUUUUUACUUUACAACUACUAUUUAGAUGCUGAUGAUUUAUUUUGAAAUUGCUGCAAUGCAUGUCCAAUUAUUUCUACAGUUCUUGGUAUGGCCUACGGCAAAGAUAUGACAUCACUGGUGUUUGCUGGGAUGGUUGGCAUCAUGGACCCACCCCGUGAAGGGUCACGCCAGGCCAUUCUCAUGUUGAUAGGGAUGGGGGUCAAGGUCAAAAUGUUGACAGGGGACGGGGAGGACACGGCCAAAGCUGUUGGUAAGUUUAAUAUUUUGUCCCUUAAUAACAGAACCUUUUGUUCUUGGGACAAGUUCAGCUUGUUUGGGAUAGAUGGUUGCGACACCUGGGUAUAAAUCCAAGUGCCUAAGCUUUUAACUUUGUGUUUCUUUUUUUUUUUACUCAAUUAAAAAAUCAAGAGUAGUUGCCAACAUCUUCACCGACACCCCCCCCCCCCCCCCCCAUAGUUUGUUGGUUGUUUUAUUAACUUGAUCUUUUGAAGUCUUUGAUAAAUAAAUACUUGGAAAUCAUACGUCAUGUCAUGUAUAUAUAUAUCGAGGGUGCUGGGUGGCCGAGCCGUCUAAACUGAGUCGAUAUCAAGCUUGUGGACCGAGAGUUCAAUCCCCAGCAAAAAACCUAGACAAGCAGAAGCAACGCCAGCACCCUGGGGUGGAUGGGACUUGUUAACCUUUGAUAGCUACUUAUCCCUUAGGUGGUAUGACAUUGACACAGGGAAAAUUCUGACAACCCCUGCGACGUGGGACACAUAAAAAGCAGUGAAAAACAAAUAAAAAUAAAGAAUUUAAAAAAAAAAAAAACCCACUGCCAUUCAUCUACUGCAUCCUUGUCUAGUCUAUUUCCAAUCUUGUGACAGUGUGUCAUGUAUAUACUUUGAAUGUGUUACAGUUUUAAACAUAUUGAAAUAUUUUUGAUUUCCCAACUGACAGCUGCAAGGGUUGGUCUGUAUGCUGAAGGUGGCACAACUAUGUCGGGUGAUCUCUUGGAUGAUAUGGAUAUUAGCCAGUUAGCAAAGGUCAUUGAUAACGUCAGCAUCUUUUACAGGGUAACCCCUCGGCACAAGCUCAAAAUUGUCAAGGUAUAUUUUAUUUCAGUAUUGUAAUAUUUUGAUACUUUUAAAAAUUAUUACGGAAAGAUCUUCAAUAAAUUUCCCAUAUACUACAGUUUAAGCGCUUUGAGUGUUUGCCAUACCCAUAAUGAUCUCCUAUUGUGCACCAUGCUCUCAGGCCCUGCAAAGCAACCAUCAUAUUGUGGGGAUGACGGGGGAUGGCGUGAAUGAUGCUGUAGCUCUCAAGACAGCUGAGAUUGGAAUCUCCAUGGGGAAAACUGGAACAGAUGUCUCUAAAGAGGCAGCAGAUAUGAUAUUAGUAGAUGAUGAUCUUGGUACCGUUUUGUAAGUUUUAUUUGGUAUUCUCUCUGUUGUCUUAAUGUUGUUGUUACUGCAGCUGUCAGAAUGGCCUGGGAAUAUGUCUGUUGUCUUGAUACUGCAGCUGUCAGAAUGACCUAAGCUUGUCUGAUGUCUUUAUGCGUUUGGUACUGCAGCUGUCAGAAUGGCCUGGGAUUAUGUCUGUCUUUAUACUACAGCUGUCAGAAUGACCUAAGCUUGUCUGUUGUCUUUAUGCUGUUGGUACUGCAGCUGUCAGAAUGGCCAUUGUAGAUUUAUUUACUCCUUUCCUUGUCCUUAAUGUUUAUACAAUUUAAUUGGAUGUAUUAUUUAUAUUAUAGAUUCAUAUGUAUUUAAAAUCAACAUUAAAUAUAUAGUUAUACUCCAAAAUUAAUAGUUUCAAUGAAAAUCCUGCAAAAGAAGAAGUAGUUGCCUUAGGUCAUUUCUUCAUGCAUGAUAGUCACUGUUCAAAUAAACACUUGAAUAAAUUAUUUUAAUCCACAAUUUUUUUUUAACAGGGCAGCAAUUGAAGAAGGGAAAGGAAUUUUCUACAAUAUCAAAAACUUUGUUAGAUUUCAACUGAGCACGUAAGUAAACAAAAAUGUAUGCCCAUAAUAUUGCUUCAUGAAUAUUAAAAAUAUUUUCUGAAAAUUGAAUUUCGUGUGAUAUAAAAAUUGACUUGAUUUCAAUUGAGCUUACUUUUUUUGUUUGUUAGGGAUAAGAUCAAGCAGAAAAGGCAAUCUGGCAUUUCAAUAUAAUGAUGGUACAAAAUAUACAGAAAUAACUAGUGAAUUAAAAACAAUUUAUGUAAGCCACAUGAGACAAAAAUGAGUGACAAAAAUGUUACAAAAAGAAAGCAAAGCUUUUCCAAGUUUGAAAAUAAGAACAUCCUUGAAGCAAUCAAUUUUUUUUUAUCAAUGAUGAACUCAAGAUGAAAGUAAUUUACGAUAGGUCUCAUUUUGUUCACUCCUGUCUUUUAUCUGACAGCUGAACGUUGAACAAAAUUCCCAGUAAACAAAUCUGUAUAGCACCAGACUAUAUUAAAAAAAAAUGAUGGACAUUCAAAUCUGUUGGCAAAAAAAAAAAAAUUAAAUCCAGUAAUUGGAAUCUGCUAUCUAAAGUAAAUUAAAUACUACUGUACAUGAAUAUUCUGCUUUUGUGGUUUAUGGUAUAAUAUGCUAAAACACAAUGCAAUUAAUUUCCCUAAAAAUAGGUUUGUUUUCUGUAUUGUUAUUUUCUAUUUUGAAGAUUGUGAAGGAUCACUUGGUCAUUCAUUUGUUUGGUCAUUCAAGACGUUUCCUGUUUUUAGUGACCUCCCCCUCCCCCUCUCACUUUUAAAAGACAAAUUCUUUGUUUAUUGUGGUGUGAAAAAUUCUUAUUGGCACAAUUUAUAUAAUCUUUUGGUCUAGCAGCAAAUGGUCAGUUUUAUUCAAGUAAACAUUUGAAUUUUGUUCUCAGGAGUAUGGCAGCCUUGUCUCUAGUAGCGAUAGCUAUGGUCAUGAGAUUGCCCAAUCCACUUAACGCCAUGCAGAUAUUAUGGAUCAACAUAAUAAUGGACGGUCCACCUGCUCAAAGGUGAGUGAUCUUCCAUUUCUAGCACCACGGUCGUCGAUUUUAUGUUUCAGGGUGUUCAGUGCUGGUCUUAGUUGAGGCAGAAAGUCUUUCAACUCACAUUUGAAUUGAGCUCUCUCCCAAACAAUGGAUAUAAAUAAUGUGACAUCCAAAUUACCUUCUUGCAAACUCUGAAUAUUUGUAUGUUUAAUCAAUUUAAAAGAUAUAGAUGAUUCUGGAAAUGAAAUGUAUAAUAUAUGCCUAUGGCAUCCUAAAAUGACAAUUUUGAGGUGUUAGAUAAAUUUUGGGACACCAGGGCACAACGUCUUGCUUUUUUACACAUUCAUCCUAGGAUUUUGAUUUUUAACAAAAUAAUCCGAAUGGGGGAAAAAGCAUUAAGAAUGGAUAACUGGUUUUUACUAUUACAGUUCAUAGCUUUUGGCUAUGUGUUAAUGUAUUGUUUGUACACUUUGGGUGUGGAGCAUGUAGACCAGCGGUUCUCAACCUGUGGGUCGGAACACCUUUGGGGAGUCGAACGACUCUAUUCCAGGGGUCGCCUGAGACCACCGGAAAAAAAAAAAUACUCUUCAGUUAUGAAAGAGCAACGAAAAUAAUUUUGUGGUUGUGGGGUCGCCACAACACGAGGAGCUGUAUUAAAGGGUCACAGCAUUAGGAAGGUUGAGAACCACUGCUGUGGACCAUGAUGUUGUGCGAUUUUUUUUAAAAAACAAAAUAAUCCGAAUUGGGAAAAAGCAUUAGGAAUUGAAGAUUGUUUUUUACUUUUACAGUCCAUAGGUUUUUGGCUUAUGCAUUAACAUAUUGUUUGUACAGUUUGGGUGUGGAGCCUGUGGACCAUGAUGUUUUGCGACAGCCACCUCGCAAGCUCAGUGAGAACAUCAUCACGCGAAGUCUCAUUAUCAGCACCAUGUCAUCCGCCUUUAUCAUAAUCACCGGUACCUUGUGGGUCUUUCAUAAAGAGGUCAGUUGGCGAUAACAGAUUAAAAUAAUUUUUUUUUAAAAAUUGAUAAAAUUCAAAUUUAAACAAAAUAUCUUGGUUAAAAUAUUAGCAGCAUGGCUUUUUCUAGUUAACUCCAGUCCAAGAAUUAUAUGUAUUGGCCAGUUCGGGAUAUAAUUAUUUCUUCAAUGUUACAUGAUAUAAAAAAAAAUAUUUGGAUCAAAUAUUAGUUAUUGACUACCUGUGUUAUGAAAGCAUCAAGUUUGGCUGCCAGUAUUUUUCUAUGAUAGCAUCUAGUUCAUUUGGCCAAUUCGGGAUAUAAUUAUUUCUUCAAUGUUACAUGAUAUAAAAAAAAAUAUUUGGAUCAAAUAUUUGUUAUUGACUACCUGUGUUACAAGUUACAAACUACAAGUUUGGCUGCCAGUAUGUUUGUAUGAUAGCAUCUAGUUCAUUUGCCAGCCUGUUUAUAGGAUAGUGUCAUAUUCAGCUGAAAACAUGUUUUUAAAACUUUUGAAGAGAAACUGAAAAAGUUUUUUGUUUUUCUUUACAGAUGGAAGAUGGCAAAGUGACCCCGCGAGACACAACCAUGACCUUCACAUGUUUUGUUUUCUUUGACAUGUUUAAUGCUCUUAGCUGUAGAUCUUAUGUAAGAUAAUCUUAUUGUUUAAGGACAGCCAUAAAUGACAUGAUGUUACACCGUGUUUGUUGUGGUAGGUGUGUAAAGCGAGUGUGGUGUUUUGGUUGUGUGCGCUGGCUGGCGGGGUCUAGUGGGUUGGCAGCAGGGGCGGGUGGAUGGGCAGGCGCGGGUGGGUGGGCUGAUGUAGGUGGAUGGGCUAGCGGGUAGGUGUGGUUGGAUGGGCUGGUUGGCAGACGGGUCGAUGGGUAGGCUGGCAGGCAGGGGCACAUUGGUGGGCUGAACGGUGUGGGUGGGUGGGUGGACUGUAGGGCGUGCACUGGGGCAUAGGUGGGUUGGUUGAAGGGUGUGGGUAGGCUGGCAAGCGGGGAUAGGUGUGCCGAUGGGUGGUCGCUGGCAAGUGGGUGGUUGGGUUGAUGAGGAGGAGGGCACUGGUGGGCGGGCAGACAGGCAUGGAUAGGUUGGUGGUCUAGCUGGGGUUGGGCUGGCUGGCAGGGGCGGGUUGAUAGGCAGCAGGGCACAGGUUGAUUUAAUAGUACCAAAUGAUUUUAAUUUAAUAGUUUCAAAUUAUCUUAAUUUAAUAGCAUCAAAUGAUUUUAAUUUAAUAUUAUCAAAUGAUCUUAAUUUAAUGGUAUCAAAUGAUUUUAAUUUAAUAUUUUCAAAUUUUCUCAAUUUAAUAGCAUCAAAUGAUUUUAAUUUUAUAUUAUCAAAUGAUCUUAAUUUAGUAGUAUCAAAUGAUCUUAAUUGAACAGUUUCAAAUUAUCUUAUUAUAAGGAAAGAAUUGAUUUGAACAGUGAUUUUUUUAUGGUAAAUCAAUAUUAUCAGUUCCUUUGACCAGGGUUUGGUUCAAAUUUUCAUUAGGGGCAUGGCUUUUUCUAGUUAACUCCAAUCAAAGAAAUAUAAGAAUUGGCCAAAUUGGGAUAUAAUUAUUUCCUUAAGGGUACAUGUUUUAAAAAAAAUUUUGAUCAAAUAUUUGUUCUAAACUACCUGUGUUGUGAAAACAUCCAGUUUGACUGGCAGAAUGUUGACAUGAAAGCAUCAAGUUUGACUGGCAGAAUGUGGACAUGAAAGCAUCAAGUUUGACUGGCAGAAUGUUGACAUGAAAGCAUCAAGUUUGACUGGCAGAAUGUGGACAUGAAAGCAUCAAGUUUGACUGGCAGAAUGUGGACAUGAAAGCAUCAAGUUUGACUGGCAGAAUGUGGACAUGAAAGCAUCAAGUUUGACUGGCAGAAUGUGGACAUGAAAGCAUCAAGUUUGACUGGCAGAAUGUGGACAUGAAAGCAUCAAGUUUGACUGGCAGAAUGUGGACAUGAAAGCAUCAAGUUUGACUGGCAGAAUGUGGACAUGAAAGCAUCAAGUUUGACUGGCUGAAUGUGGACGUGAAAGCAUCAAGUUUGACUGGCUGAAUGUGGACAUGAAAGCAUCAAGUUUGACUGGCUGUAUGUUUUGUAUGAUAGCAUCAAGUUCAAUUGCCAGCAAGUUUAUAUGAUGGAAUCCUCUUCAGCUGUCAGCAUGAUUACUUGACAGCAUAACGUUUGGCUGCCGGCACAUUUAUAUGAUGGCAUUAAGUAUGACUGCCAGUGUCUUUGUAUGCCAUUACAUUUAUAAGAUGGCAUUAUAUUUGCAUGUCAGUAUGAUUGCAUGCCGGUGUGUUUGUUUGCCGGCAUUUUUGUACGAAGAGCAUUUAGUCACCAUCAUUUUAUUUUGUUCCAGAGUAAAUCUAUUUUUCAAAUCGGCCUACUGUCCAACAAAAUGUUCCUGUACGCCGUCGGCGGCUCCAUUGUGGGUCAGCUGCUGGUCAUCUACCUGCCGCCCUUGCAGCAAAUAUUUCAAACAGAGGCUCUCUAUGCAUCAGGUAAAAGAUUUACAUUUCGUGGACUUGCUUUUUGGUUUGUGAGAACUGUCAUAAUUUAUGGAAGAACUCAAUGAUUUUCUAAUAGAACAGGCAUCGUUGCAAGUGAAUAAAAGAUCAUUUUUAAUUUAUUUGUUAUUUCAGAUCUAUUUAUAUUAUAACUGGGGUCGGGGGAAAGCCAAGAUGUGGCUUGUCAUCAUUCUAGUUAAUGUGGAAUAAGAUGAAAAAAUAGUCUCCUGUGAAAGGUUAUCACGGCACUCAUAACUCCUCCUCAACUGGGUGUAUCUAGCUGUCACAACAGCAUACUAGCCAUCACGGCAAACAUCUUAGCGGUCACAACACCUGACAUGUGCUUUCAUCAAACAUCCCAGCGGUCACAACAGCAUCCUAGCUGUCACGGCAAACAUUUUAGCUGUCACAACAACUGACAUGUGCUUUCAUCAAACAUCCUAGCUGUCAUAACAUCCUACAUUGCUCAUUUUGUCCUUUUCAAAUGUUCUCAUUAUUGUGUAUUCCUUUUUUUAUAUUUAUGUCCAAUGCCUAAUAAUAAGUUUAAAAUGCCUAAUGAGGUGAUCCAAAGCAUAAUGAGUUGAUCCAAUGCCUAAUAAUGAGCUGAUCCAAUGCCUAGUAAUGAGUUGAUCCAAUGCUAAUAAUGAGUUAAAUCCUAAUGUUUUAAUAGGAAUCAGGCACAAAUUUAAGAUAUUGUUAUUUUCAAAUUAAUUCUGCAACAAUUAAAAAUAUCAGCUGAUUUUUUUUAAUUAAAUUUUUUUUGUUUUAUUUUUACUCCAGAUUUUGCCCUCCUCAUCUCACUGACAUCGACAGUUUUUGUCUUUGCUGAAAUUAGAAAAUUUUUUAUCCGCCGCCAUGAGAACAGUAAACUCCACCAGAGGGAAAGUUUGUUUUACCCCGAGAACAUGGUAUAAUGUUGGCCAGGUUUUGUUACAUUGUGUUUCUGAAUUUUGGUAGUCUAUUGAUUGGUUUUUUCUGGCCAUGUGAGUGCCGGCACUGAGUCCAAAGCCCCAGAAGUGGUUCACGCAGAAGUCAUCCCCCUGUUAUGUGCCGGCUGCGCAAUGAAUGUUUCAUAUGUUCCUGGUUACUGCAGCUGUGUGUUUAUUUCCAGACAUUUGGAUGAUUGGUUUCACUGUAUUUCAAGGAUUCGAAUUAAGCACGAUCUCAAGGGUGUAAAGUGUACAUAUAUAUUCAUGGAGAGAAAUGGAUUAUUAUGUUAUGACAUGAUGUCUGAUGCUCUUUAGUUGAAAUGUGUCUGUGUGUGGGUGCAUCUCGAACAAAAAAGUGCAAGCCCAAAGUAUUCAGAACCAUCUUAGAAUGGUUAUCGGAAAUUUGUUUGAAAGAAAUUUCGCUGACGGAAAAUUAAUCAACGGGGCUUUGAUCGAACGGAAAUUUGAUCAAACGGAU